AUGGAUCUUAGUAACAAACACUGUUUCCAUGGAAACAGUCUGUAUAAUAUCCCUGGCAGAUGGCAUUGUUAUGGAGGACAGGACCCGCAGAAUGUGCUUGUCUUGAACGUGUUGUUGCUAGGUGACAGGCAGAGUGGGAGGAGCUCUGUAGGGAAUGCUCUGAUUGGUGGACACGAGUUUCCGACAGGCUGCUGCAUACCUGGUGUUUCCAUGACGACAGAAUGUCGGCUCCUCAGCCAAAAUUUUCCAAAAUAUUUCAGAAGACAAGGGGCGGAGUCUGACCUGAGGCUGAGGGUGGUGGAUACGCCCCCUCAGAUGCCCCACCCACAGAGCCUGAGCAACCUCUGCCCUGAGGGCGUGCACGUGCUCGUGAUUGUUGUGAGAGCCGACUUCCUUCCUGAAAACUCACAGCUGCAUCAGCACGCUGAGAGUCUCUUGGGCCCAGAAUGGCGUGAUCACUCCUUACUCGUCCUCACGCAUGCUGACUUCCUGGAAGAGGCGGGGCUUCAUCCAUCAGUCUACCUCACGCACACUACUGAUUGGCUGAGAGCCCUUUCUGAGCAAGUUGGGGGCAGAGUCUUUUUCUUGGACAACAGCUGUGAUUGGCCGUCCAUCAGAGGUCGACCACUCAGAGACCAACUGCUCCGCCUCUCAGCGAACAACCAUCACAGAUCUCUGAGAGUCCAGACAGAGGUCUCACUCUGAUGCAAAGCUUGGGACUUUUUAUCUUUAACUUCAU